AUGUCGUCCAAAGGUGCCGGAGGUCGCAAGAAGACCAGCAGCGGCAAGAAAAUGUCGCGCUCGGCCAAGGCUGGUCUGCAGUUCCCGGUGUCCCGUAUUGGAAGAUAUUUGAAGAAGGGACGUUUUGCGAAACGGGUUGGCGUGGGUGCACCCGUCUACCUUGCAGCGGUGCUGGAGUACCUCUGCGCGGAAAUCCUGGAGUUGGCGGGCAAUGCCGCACGCGACCACAAGAAAACACGUAUCAUUCCCCGCCACAUUCAACUCGCCGUCCGCAAUGACGAAGAACUCAGCAAGUUUCUCGGAGGCGUGACAAUCGCGAGCGGUGGUGUGAUGCCUCACGUCCACGCUGUUCUGCUCCCCAAGCAGAGCAAGUCAAAGAAGGGUAAACCUGGCGUGUCUCAGGAGUUCUAA